UGCAAAGAAAUUCCUCCGAGCAUUCUGUUUUACUGGACGUGUUACUCCUUAGACGAUGAACUGCUAUUAGAACUUGAAACGAUGCCAAACGAAUGCUUUUGCUAUCGUCGAAACACAAUAGCCUUGAUUGGCACGAAUAUAUUAUUUUCAACAGAAUAG